AUGGGCGGCUUGUGGCGGCUCCGUUUCCUGGUGCCGCUCUUUGCCUUGGCCGCGCUGCCGCUGACGCGGCGGGCGGACAUCCCGCGGCACCUGCUGCACCAUGCGGCCUUUCAUCAAGACGAGCUGAUCGACCCGGGGACCGGCGAGAAGUUGAAGCAGAUGUUGAGGGAUCUGGGCGCCGAUGAGGUGGGCUUCCCAACCAACGUGGCGGCGGAUCUGAAGACGGGGGUGCGGAAGGUGAAGCACCGGCACGUGGGCGAAGCCCGGCCGGCGGAGGCGGACGGGAGCUGCUCCCAUCCGCUGCUUGCGCGGGAUGGCAACAGCAGUGACUGCAUCUUACCUCAGCGCAUCGACGUCGGGAAGCAUUUCGUCAUGACUGGUGGGCCAGAGGCCAUCCGUGAGCCCUUUGAGCACAUGGUCUCGCGGGUGUCCUCCUUCGGCCGGUACUUCUUCGAGCUGCCGGCGCCCGUGCGGGGCCUCUUCGAGCACGAGCGCUUCCGGAGCCUCGCGCAGCGCGUCUGCCCUCCGGAGAAGCAGCUGCUGGACCCCUUCCAGUUCAACUUCAUCCUCUCCGUGCCGGGGCAGACGGUGGCGCUGCACCUGGACGCGCCCUACUUUGUGGGCGCCAGCCGCUUCCAGGUGCCUCAGUGGCUGUUGGCCGUCAUGGUCUUCUCCGGGCUCUUCCAGGACCGGUUCGUCGACCAAGUGCAGGUGGUGGGAUACCUCCACGAGACCGAGCUGGACCCGGCUGCGGGAGGCUUCUUCCUGUACUACGACGAGAACGACGCCUCGCCCAAGCAGAUGCCGAGCCGAUACCUGUCCGGGGUGGGAGUGGAUGGGAGCAAAACCUUGCACGCUGCUGGGGUGUUCCAGCCGCAGGUCAAGGCACCUCUGCUGGACAAGGACAAAGACAACGCCCUGUUCUAUGUCGGGGACGAACGCUGGGAGCUGCGCAGCGAGGGCCAGGUGGUGGAGCGAUACAAUUCCUCGGACCUGCGGAUGACCGUGGUGUACAGGGCGCGCUGCUUCGCGUCGGAGGCGGAGCGCCAACGUUUCCUAAAGCCGGAUGAGAUGCUCAGCCUGGAUGCCAUCCUGGACACCUUGAGCGGGGACCUCCUGGCGCGCGGCGUGGUCUCGAAAAAGGCCUUGGAGUCCAUGGACCGCCUCGCCCUGGCGCUGCAGCUGCUGCGGAGCUACGUGAAGUACCCGCUGCCCUCCUGGCACACGGCCUGGAUCCCGUGGAACUACUGUGCCCUGCCGCGGCAAAGCGGACGCUUCGCCGGGAUUCUGCAAACGCUCUUGCGGCCGGUGUGCCAGUGCCUAGCCAAGCCCAUCCCCCUGCUGAGCUUCGACCAGUGGCCCGGACCCCAGGUGGGUACCGUCCCACCAAACGUGGGACCGGACGACCUGGUCUUCCAGUCUUCCAGGCUGCGCGGCCCGGGUCGGGCGGUUCUUGCACGCUACGAGGGCCACGGCGCGGAACCGGGGGGGGUGGCGGGGGUCCGGUUGAGAGACCGCGUGAGACGCGGAUGGAGGACACCGGAGAUGGCCAAGUCAGAUACCAAAUCGGGCGUACCGCCCCCUUCUGCCAGGGACGGGCGCGAGCUGCUGGAAGCUGGAGGGCUCGAGGAGAAGCUGACGCUACUUUCCGGAGCAGGGAAAGCGCAAGGCAAAGGGCCUGGCAAGGCUUCGCCCGGGGGCUACCCAGGAGAUACGCCGGAGAUGGCGGCUCUGGCCGCUGAGCUGGAGAAGAUCGCGGGGAAGGGCUACGGUAAGACAUCGCCAGAGGAGCCUCCAAAGGCCGGGGAACCCCAGCGAGUAUCUAUGAGAUCGGACGGGCGCAAGAAGAUCCACACCACUUACCCGGAUGGCGGUGAGAUGGUGGAGGAAUUCGAUGAGAAGACGGAUGUCCUGCUGGUGAGGAAGGUGCGCAAGCCCUCAAAGUUGGGCAAGGAAGGAGAGUGGGUCUAUGAGGUUGGACAGGCAACUGAGACGGCCUUCGACCCCUACUCAGACCUCUUGAAAGCUUCCUCGAGCAAUCCGAUCUUCCUCCGCAAGGACACGCCUGAGCACCUUCAAUGGAGGAUCCGCAACCUGUCCUAUCCAGCGGACGUGUACAGUGUCACGGUGGAUCACGAGAAGCAGGAGAUUGUGGUGAGGACCUCCAACAAGAAGUACUUCAAAAGGAUCCAGGUGCCGGACCUGGCGCGCUUUGCCCUGAAGCUCCAGGAGCAGCUCCUUUCUUGGAAGCACCAGCACAGCACGCUCAUCAUCUCCUACAGAAAGCCCCCGGAGAUCGUGGCGGGCGAGCAGCAGGCUUUGCGAGAGGCGGAGAGGUCUGCGGUGAAAAUGUGA